AGCAUCAGGAUGCAGAUCCUGCUGGCAAGGCUGCUCGGCCUGCUGGGGCUGUUCAGCCUCAUGCUGGCCGGGGUUCUAGUGCCGGUGCGCCUCUUGAUGGUCGACUACGAGAAGGCGAGUAGGUACAGGCGGGCGCUUUCUCUGUGCAACUCCUUCGGAGGAGGUGUGUUCCUUGCCACGUGCUUCAAUGCUCUACUGCCGGCCGUCCGAGAAAAGGCGAGCGGCGUGAUGGCGCAGCUGCACAUCAGCAGUGACUACCCACUGGCAGAGACGAUGAUGAUGGUGGGCUUCUUCCUCACCGUCUUCGUGGAGCAGGCCGUGCUGACCUUCAGGAAGGAGACGCCGUCCUUCAUCGACCUGGAGACCUUCAAUGCCGGUGGCUCUGAGGCUGGCAGCGACUCGGAGUAUGACACGCCCUUCAUCUCCUCAGCGCGGGGCUCCGUGGCUGGGGGGAGGCGGCACGGCCACCAUCACGGUCACUUCAGCCCGGCGGAUCUGGCGGGGGCGGGGCCUCUGCGGCUGGCCGGCCUGGUCCUCGCCCUGUCGGCGCACUCGGUGUUCGAGGGGCUUGCGCUCGGCCUACAGGAGGACGGCGCCAAGUUGGGCGGCCUCUUCCUGGGCGUGGCAGUGCACGAAACACUCGCCGCCGUUGCCCUCGGGGUGAGUGUGGCCAAGGCCUCGCUCGGCAUGAGGGACGCCGCCAAGCUGGGCGUCACUGUCAGUCUGAUGAUCCCACUGGGGGCGCUGGUAGGGGCGGGCAUCCAGUCAGCGCAGACACUGGCCGGUGGAGUGGCGUCCGUGCUUCUGCAGGGACUUGCCGCCGGGACUUUCCUGUUCGUCACCUUCUUUGAGAUCCUGUCCCGAGAGCUGGAGGACAAACAGGACCGGCUGCUCAAAGUGCUCUUCCUCAUCCUGGGCUACACUGCGCUCGCCGUGCUCGUCUUCAUCAAGUGGUGACGGGCAGGAAGGAGGGUCCCGGACUGGACCCCGCAUCUGUUCCUGUCACUUCAGUGCAGCUCAAAGGCACCGAGGGGCUCCAAACCCAAAAGAAAGAGACAUUUUUUAAUUAAAUGAUUUGUAUAUAAAGAAAGUUACUGCCAAGGUUUGCUUUUCUGCGUUCAUCAAAACCAAAGAGAAGCAGCAGAGACUCUGUAUCAUCCAGGGGUCAGAAGGAGAAAAAUCAAACCCAAUAGAAUCCUCCCCAGCACCAAAGAAAAGGUUCGUGGAAGUUUGAGAGGGAAAUCUAGGUCAGCUCGUCUUUAAUCAGGCCGAGAUCAGCACCACAUCACCCUCUGAAGAAACACUUAAAAGGAGACUCUGUUCUGGGACGGCAGGAACCGGGUUUGGUUUCGGGAACCCACAGUAUCCGCCUGACUCACUGGACUAAAAGUAGGUUGUGCUGGGUGGGCAAUCUGCCACCAGAACCAGCAGCCACUCCCCGUCCUCUGUUUGAAUGUUUUCCGAAUAAUUUAUUUUGAGUUCUGCGCCUGAAGAGGUUUCAGCUCCAGCUUGUUGUUUGUACUUCCUCGUUCCUCAGUGACUUGUGAAUCAGAUUUAUAUUUCUGAAAGCCUGUGUCCAUAGAAGCGAUUUUACUUUUGUUAAAUGGAAUAAAACAGACCCUGAACUCUU